GGCCCUUUUCAGAACGGAAUUCAGUUCAAUAAUUUAAAGCAACAUGAAAUUACUGAUUGUCCUUCUUGCCUUGGUGGCCGCUGUUUUGGCCAGGCCUCAAUUUGGCGGACGUGGUCAGGGAGGAUUUGGCGGACCUGGCGGUCAGGGAGGAUUUGGCGGACCUGGUCAGGGAGGAUUUGGAGGACCUGGUCAGGGAGGAUUUGGAGGACCUGGCGGUCAGCAAGGAUUUGGCGGUCCUGGUCAGGGAGGAUUUGGCGGACAGGGAGGAUUUGGUGGCCAAUACGGACCAGGAGGAUACGGCGGACAGGGAGGAUUUAACGGCGGAUAUGGUGGCGAGCACAGACAUCAUCACCAUCAUCGUGAGCGCUUCUAACUUCCCAAUAUUUUAACCGUCUUAAAAUAAUCAUGAGCGAAACAAUAAAUUAUUUUUUGCCAUUUAUUUUAA